AUGAUGUUGUCUCCGGAACAUGAAGAAGAGCUUAGGAAGCUGAAAGAGCUUCAAGCCUUGUAUGCAGAACAUGCGGCCAUGAGAGAUCAACAAAUUCAACAAAGUGGAAGUCCAAGACCAGAUAGUCGAGAUUCUGCUUCUUCCGAUCCUAUGAUUUAUCCAGGCUUGUAUUCUCCAAGUGGUUUCGAUGUAUUACAAAUUCUGUUUCAAAUCCAACGUCGUCCAAAUCCAACAUAUCCCCUGGGAAAUAUCGAUAGCGGCGUAGCUCUCGUCCUAUGCGAUUCCUCCCGUCCUCACUGUCCAAUCGUCUACUGCAGUGAACCUUUCCAACGCCUCACCGGCUAUUCUCAAACCGAAAUCAUUGGCAAGAAUUGCAGAUUCCUACAACAACCUUUUAAUCCCAACACCUUUGAUUACCUCGGCAAUGCACCCACAAUGAAGGGGAUACAAAAUCCAAAGAAUGAUCCCAACGCCAUGGCGAAAUUAACUAUUCGCACCGCUCUCGAAUGUGGCUUGGAAUCACAGGUUACUCUUAUCAAUUAUCGAAAGAAUGGAGAGCAAUUCUUGAAUGUUUUGACGACGGUACCGCUUAAAUGGACGACGAUGGAGGGAGAGGAAAAGAAUUAUAUUGUGGGAUUUCAAGCGCAAGCUCCACCAAUGUUUAGACACCGUUCGACUUGA